AUGGAAGCUGUUCGGCAGUGGAUCAGUGAGCAGAACCCGGGAGUGUAUCGUUUGUGUUGGUGCGAAAACAACACAGUCGGCGCCUGCGAGUCUCUCUCUGAUUUCAACGCUUCCGCAGGGAUGCUCACCUUGCGGGGGCCCACGAAGCACGCGACGAGCAGGAUUGCGACCAUUGGCGAGCCAUUUACUUUUGCGACAUCGGGGGUGUGGAUUACGACACAGAGUAUGAUGCGCCUGCAGCACGACUGCGGUCGUGAACCUGACGUUGUGAUGAAGGAUGCGGUGGCGGAAGUUGCUUCCGGAGCCGAUCUGUCAUACAGAUUCGGGCUCAUUUCUGAAGCCACAACGCCUGCUGGUCGCUACAAGCUUUGUUGGUGCCAGCCGCAGUUUCAGAGCGUGCCACCUUCUGCCUGCACGGCAGCCCAGGAGUUUCUCACAUUCGUUGCAGAUGUUACCGUGAUCUGUCCUUCUGGACAGCACGGCAAGAACUACGAGCCGUGCCGUGGCUGUCCCUGGUUCUGGCAGCGGCCAAGCAGGUUGCGAGAAGAGUGCAUUUUCAACGACGCGACGAAUUUUGCCCUGGUCAUGGCAACAGUGAUCUGUUACCUUUGUGGUUGGAUGGUGCUGUGGUACGAGCUGGGGAUCAUGGCACGCGGGCCCGGCGGCCGACGCUGCAGUCUGGUCGGGCGGAAAGUUCACAUUGAGGACAUUUCGUCCUGCCCUUCCACGAGCGGCGAGUGGUCUGCGAUCGUUACAACGACGACUGCACACCGUUUGUCGAACCGCUUCGGCACCUUCCCAAUCCAUUUCUACCAGACAGGCCAUCACAUGCUCGACUCGUCCACAGAGGCCUGCCUUUAUCGGGCACGGGCACUCUCAACCCGCGCCCUGCAGCUUUUGGAUGCGAGGGGCAGACCAGUGCAGGGUGCAGACACCAGCCACGGUUUCUUUGUGCUGUCAUGCUUGCGUUCCACCCUCCACAGUGACGUGAUUCCUCGUGUUCCCGUUGCCUUGGCCGCCCCGAUGCUGAUCUUAUGCACACCACCAUUGCUGGUCUUCGUCAGUGAGGAAAAUGAAAUUCCGUACAGCCAUUCCUUUGGUGCUGCUGCGGCACUGGGAGGGUGCCUGGCGGGCUUUGUGAUCUCAAGACUCUUGCACUUUCUUAUCCCGAAGGACUCGUCGAUCUGGUACGCCCUGGUGCGAUUUCAGGAGAAGCUGCGGGAGCGCAACCCCGUCCCGGCACCAUGCAACAAGGGGCCUCAGCGUGCUCUGACAGCUUUCCAGAUCUUUGACUUUAUGAACGAGUUUCAGCACUACAUCAGAGAUCGAAACUUGUAUUACAUUGACUCGAACAUUGUUCGCCCAUUGACCUCGGAGCUGAAGCUGUCCUUGGCAGAAGUUCUUGGGCCCUGUCAAGUUAGCUGGUUUGUCUCUCACUUUUGGGGAACGAGAUUCACCUACACCUGCGAAGCUCUCAGGCGACAUGCUGAGGCAGUUGUAGUUUCCGACCAUGCCGGAACUUCGUGGGAAUCUGUGUCUUACUGGAUCUGUGCUUUCAGUAACAACCAGUACUGCAUCGAUGAGGAGCUAGGCAAGAGUCACUACGAAUCCUCCUUCUACUUGGCCCUACACAGCAGCUCCGUUCAGGGUACUUGCAUGAUCUUGGAUGAGCAUGCCUUGCCUCUGACCAGAUCUUGGUGCCUCUUCGAGGUGCUCCAGACAAUGAAUCUGGAGAAGAAGCGCACCGACUUCGUGGGCCUUCAAUUCUGCACCAACACGGGUGUUGUCAACUUCGGCCGUGCAACAACCGAGGUUGCCCUCAACAUCGGCAAGCGCCUGGUGCACCUGUCCUUGGCAGAUGCCGAUGCUACGUGCAGUCAAGAUCGGGACACCAUCAAGUCGCUGGUGAUUCAGGAGAUGGGAAGCUUCGAUAAGAUUGACAUGGUCCUUCGGGCACAGAUCAAGAAAGCUCUGGUUGUGUCAAAGGGGUGCAUCGAUGAUGACUUUGACCUGCUGUUCCAACAUCUUGAUACUGGGCUCACGCGCGUGAGUCUUUGA